AUGAAGAUGCUGCGGCGGCGGCUACUGCUGAGCCUGAGCUUCAGCCUCAGCUUCCUCCUCCUCCCUGCCUCUUUCGCCUUUCCGCUAUGCACCGACGCAAGGGCGCCGGUGCUGCUCAACGCCACGCUCAAGUUUUGCGCCUCCCCCAGCGGCAGCGGGAACAGCAGCUGCUGCGACGCCACCGCCGAUGCCGCGCUCAGCAAGCAGUUCGACGCCAUGGCUAUCGCCGACGCUGCCUGUGCCGCCGUCGUUAAGUCAAUCCUCUGCGCUAAACGCAGUCCAUAUUCUGCUGACUUGUUCAAUGCCGGGCCAAAGAUUCGGACGAUUCCUUUCCUCUGCAACUCCACGGCGUCGGCAACUUCUGCUCAGUCCAAGGAAACCACUACUCAGGACUACUGCAUACUUGUUUGGGAUACUUGCAAGGAUGUCAGCAUCACGAAUUCCCCCUUCCAACCUCCCCUGCAAGGCACCGCACCGCCUUCUAGUUCACCGUCGAAGCUCACCGAUGCAUGGCAGUCCCAAAGUGACUUCUGCAGCUCCUUUGGCGGUUCGCCUGAUGACCAGUCUGUAUGCUUCAGUGGUGACACGGUCUCAUUUAGCGCCACCCAACCUUCACCCUCCCCUAAAGGGAUAUGCCUUGAGAGGAUCGAUAAUGGGUCCUACCUUAACAUGGCUCCUCACCCGGAUGGCUCCAAUAGGAUCUUCCUUGGCAGCCAACCUGGGAAGAUAUGGUUGCCCACUGUCCCUGAGCAAGGAUCUGGGGGCACUCUGCAAUUCGAAGAAGCAAGCCCAUUUGUCGAUCUGACUGAUCAGGUGCACUUUGAUUCGGCGUUUGGACUCAUGGGCAUGGCAUUCCAUCCCAAUUUUGCUACCAAUGGCCGCUUCUUUGCCUCUUACAACUGUGAUAGGACAAAGUCACCCAGCUGCACUGGAAGGUGCUCCUGCAAUUCUGAUGUGGGCUGCGAUCCUUCGAAGCUUGGUACUGAGAAUGGUGCUCAACCGUGCCAGUAUCAAGUUGUUGUAUCAGAAUAUUCCGCCAAAGGCUCCUCAGCAAAUGUUUCUGAGGCAACUUCUGCUGAUCCGUCUGAGGUUAGAAGGAUUUUCACAAUGGGGCUACCUUACACAUCUCAACAUGGAGGACAGGUACUUUUUGGUCCUACCGAUGGGUACCUCUACCUCAUGACGGGCGAUGGUGGAGGAAAGGGCGACCCUUUUAAUUUCGCUCAGAACAAGAAGUCACUUUUGGGCAAAAUUAUGAGGCUUGACGUUGACAUUACACCGAGAACUAGUGAAAUUAGUAACACAAGUUUGUGGGGCAACUACUCUAUUCCUAAAGACAACCCGUAUUCUGAUGAUAGCGAGUUAGAACCCGAAAUUUGGGCAUUGGGUCUUAGAAACCCGUGGAGAUGCAGCUUUGAUUCUGAGAGGCCUUCCUACUUCUACUGUGGAGAUGUUGGGCAGGAUGAAUACGAAGAAGUAGAUUUGAUCUCCAAAGGCGGAAACUAUGGAUGGCGUGCGCUUGAGGGUCCACUUGUUUAUCAUCCACAGUGGGCACCUGGAGGAAAUACCUCUCUCAGCUCCAUAAAUGCCAUUCCUCCAAUCAUGGGAUACAGUCAUUCCGAUGUCAACAAGAAUAUUGGGUCGGCAUCAAUCAUGGGAGGUUAUGUCUACAGAGGGUCCACUGACCCCUGCUUGUAUGGAAGGUAUUUGUAUGCUGACCUGUACGCUUCGGCCAUGUGGACCGGCACAGAGACCCCUGAGAGCAGUGGGAACUACACCUCCACUCUGAUCCCCUUCAGCUGCUCCAAGGACUCUCCAAUACCCUGCGACACCGCUGCUGGGAGCCCUCUCCCGUCUCUUGGCUACAUAUACUCGUUUGGUGAGGACAACAACAAGGACAUCUAUGUGUUGGCGAGCAAAGGCGUGUACCGAGUUGUGAGGCCCAGCCUCUGCAGCUAUACUUGCCCGACAGAGAGACCUGAGACGGGCAAUGGGGCAGCGCCUCCUGGUCCGUCGUCGAAGGCGCCAAUGACAGGACUGAACAAUCAGAUGGGAAUGCAUCUGUUGUCUGUCAUUAUAUAUGUUUUGGGUUUGUUGGUAAGGUAG